AUGAAAAUUCUCGACAAACAGACAAAACGGUCAGAGCCCGUUUCUGCAUUAAUGAGACAGAGACUGUGCAGCAGCAAGAGCGCCCUUAAGACAUCAUCAAUAGUUGUUAUGAUGGAGUCAAUGGAGUCUUGUGUCCCACCUGGAUUCAGGUUUCAUCCAACCGAUGAAGAGCUUGUGGGCUAUUAUCUAAGGAAGAAAGUUGCAUCACAAAAGAUUGAUCUUGAUGUUAUUAGAGAUAUUGAUCUUUACAGAAUCGAACCAUGGGAUCUGCAAG